AUGACGGAGCGUGGACUGAUGCGUAUGGAAAGGCUCAUCUCUAGGCACUCACUUUUCCGUCACACUGAGCACCUUUGCACAGCGUCACCCAUUGAUCUUGCUACCCCCUUGCUUCCCGAGGAUAGCGUCAGCGCUAUUGGGUCGGGUGGUACCAAGCUCGCCAAGGACCGGCCUGAGGUCAAGAAGCCUACUGCUCACAAGAAGCCUAUCGGUGAGAAGAAGGAUGUUGCUGAGACGCCCGCCACUAAGAAGCCAACAGGGGCAACAGGACUCUACAUGAGGUUUGUGCUUAGCCUUUUAUAG